CCAUUUUACCAGUGCAUUUUAAAGCAAAAUGAGCUCUACGGCUGGUGGGAGUGCAUUAGGCGAAGGUUCAAAAGAACAAUCUGUAGAAACUGAUAAGCCAUUAUGGCUUCAUGUUACCAAGUUAGGAAAAACAUUUGAAGGAGGAGGGAAUGUUUCAUUCAAAUGCAAUUAUUGUGGUGGAACCUACAAAGGAUCAUAUUCUAGGGUGAAAGCACAUCUACUUAAGAUAGCUGGCCAUGGAAUUAAAAUGUGUCCCAAGAUUACUACUUCGCAGUUGACUGAAAUAAACAGACAAGUUGAUGAAGCUGAAUGUAGGAUCAAAAGGGCACUCCCUAAGGAGAUACCUUUGCCAUCCACCCAUGGUUCGUCCCAUGCUUCUUCCUCAUCUGUUAGAGUUGAUCAUUCUUUAUCAUUCAGAAGUGAAGGCUAUCAAACAAAGAAAAGAAAAGGAGUUGCUAGUAGUCCUUUAGAGAAAGCUUUCAGCUUGCAGCAGAGAGAGGAGUUGGAUGGUGAAAUAGCAAGGAUGUUUUUUUCAGCGGGCUUACCUUUCAACCUUGCAAGAAAUCCUUACUAUAAAAAUGCAUUCAGUUUUGCAUGUAACAAUAACCUUGCAGGAUAUGUUCCACCUGGUUACAAUGCAUUAAGAUCAAAAUUAUUGGAAAGGGAAAGAGCACACAUUGAGACAUUGCUUGAACCAACAAAAGGAGUCUGGAAAGAAAAAGGUGUUAGUUUGGUGUGUGAUGGUUGGACAGAUCCUCAAAGAAGACCACUCAUAAAUUUUAUGGCCAUUACAGAGAAUUAUCCUAUGUUUAUUAAAGCUGUGAAUUGUGAAGGAGAAUACAAGGAUAAAUUUUUUAUUGCAAAUUUGAUUAAAGAGGUGAUAGUCAUGAUUGGGCCUUCAAAUAUUGUGCAGGUUAUUACAGAUAAUGCACCGGUAUGCAGAGCUGCAGGAUUGUUAGUUGAGCAAUCUUAUCCCCAUAUAUUCUGGACACCUUGUGUUGUGCACACUUUAAAUCUUGCACUAAAAAAUAUUUGUGCAGCAAAGAAUACAGAGGCAAAUGAAAUCAUUUAUGCUGAAUGUCAUUGGAUAACAGUGGUUGCAGAUGAUGCUGUUCUGAUCAGAAAUUUUAUUAUGAACCAUUCAAUGAGACUUUCAAUGUUUAAUGACUUCUCCCACUUGAGAAUGUUAGCUGUUGCUGAAACUCAUUUUGCCUCUGUAAUAAUCAUGUUGAGAAGAUUCAAGCAAAUUAAAAAUGCUCUUCAAUCUAUGGUGAUUAGUGAGAAGUGGUCUUGCUAUCGAGAAGAUGAUGUUGGGAAGGCAAGGUAUGUUAAAGAGAAGAUCUUAGAUGAUUUGUGGUGGGAUAAUGUAGACUACAUUUUGGAUUUCACUGAUCCAAUCUAUGAUAUGUUGAGAGAGGCUGACACAGAUAAAUCAUGUCUACAUUUGAUUUAUGAGAUGUGGGAUUCUAUGUUAGCAAAAGUGAAAGAAAUUAUUUACAGACAUGAAAGAAAGUCAAAUGAUGAAGACUCAAAUUUUUGGAGUGUUGUCUAUACCAUUCUUAGUUAAUGAACAUGUAAUUUAUAUGUUUUGUAUUAUUUGAAGGUAUUCAAGUAAAGAAUGGCUUCUAGAAGACCCUCAACGUGUCUCACCACAAAAAGAUUUAGAAGUUUCAAAUAUGAGAAAG